CCAUCCCAUCACCCCCUCAUCCAAUUCCACUUCCAUCCAUGAGUCCCCUCAUCUAUAUAAACCUCCUGCCCCCUAGCUACUCCAAACACACACGCACCAAGCAGAGCAGGCUCAGCAGUCAGCAGAGCAAAGACUUGGGACAAACACACUGCAAACUGUGUCUUGUUGUUGCAGGAAUUGCCGCAGCCACACUGUAUUCUCUAUAGUGUAGACAUUAAUCACUGGUGAUGGCCGGAGAGCGGCGGCGGUCGGGGACGGCAGACGCGGCGUCGUGGUGGUGCGGGCUGGCGCUGGCCGCGCUGCUGCUGCUGGUGGUGGGGUCGCUCGCCGGCGCGGGGGAAGAGCGCGGAGGGGGGCUGGUGGUGCGCGGGGCCCGGCUGGCAACGCGGCCGUGCGAGGAGAUCUACGUGGUGGGGGAGGGCGAGACGCUGCACAGCAUCAGCGCCAGGUGCGGCGACCCCUAUAUCCUGGAGAAGAAUCCGCACGUCCAGGACCCCGACGACGUCUUCCCCGGCCUCGUCAUCUGGAUCACGCCGCCAUGAAGCAUACCGGGAGCACGCCAUGGUCGAGCCCUAGUUGAUGGAGCGAAUCGGAAACAACAGCCCUAGUCGUUUGCGGAUUCCUAUCGUAUAUUUGUUGACUGUAUAUAGGAAUAAGAAAUGAAACGGUUGGUUAAUGGAAUCCCUAGAUUAAUAGGGUAGUUAGUAGGAUAAGUGCAUUAAGAUUAGUGCCGCCAAGUGUUGCCGUUUGGAGAGGGUCCAGCUUGAUGAAGGCAUGGACCUGGUCUCAUAGGAUUUUUUUUCCAAACGUCAGCGACCGAACUUGUUUAUGCAUUGAGAACCAUGCAGGUGCAAAACGAUUUCA